GGAUUGCAGGCUGGCAGACCUGGGGCUCCGCACCGGGAGGUGGGGGGUGGGCUCUUCCACAGGCGCGCCGGAGCCGUGCACCUCCUCUGGGAGGUGCCCUGCCUUCGCCACCCCACGGGCAUGGGAGCAGGACUUGCCCGAAGGUGGGCCGGGGUUCAAGGAAGCGGCCUGGCAGACACGACGUGGCCCGAGGCUUUAAAACACCUGACCCCAGCCUCGGAGUGAGCGUCGCUAGAGCCUGUUUUCUCUAGAUCGGAAUCUAGGUUCCGAGACCUGGGCCUGAGCCCUCCGCAGUGGUACUUCAAGGGCCGUCUGGAUGGUGCCGGACCCGCGACCUGCCGUUGUUUUCCUUCCAGCAUGAUCUGCUGGGCCCCCAGUGCAUCGCCUAGAAGAGGCCACUUAUCCUGGACCAGCCUUUCGGCAGCCAGAGACCGUCCUUGAGGAGGAUGACUGAGACAUUAUGGGUCACGCACUGUGUGUCUGCUCUCGGGGAACUGUCAUCAUUGACAAUAAGCGUUACCUCUUCAUCCAGAAACUGGGGGAGGGUGGGUUCAGCUAUGUGGACCUAGUGGAAGGGUUACAUGAUGGACACUUCUACGCCCUGAAGCGAAUCCUGUGUCACGAGCAGCAGGACCGGGAGGAGGCCCAGCGGGAAGCAGACAUGCAUCGCCUCUUCCAUCAUCCCAACAUCCUUCACCUUGUGGCUUACUGUCUGAGAGAGCGGGGUGCUAAGCAUGAAGCUUGGCUACUGCUACCCUUCUUUAAGAGAGGUACACUAUGGAAUGAAAUAGAAAGGCUGAAGGACCAAGGCAACUUCCUGACUGAGGAUCAAAUUCUUCGGCUGCUGCUGGGUAUCUGCAGAGGCCUUGAGGCCAUUCAUACCAAAGGUUAUGCUCACAGGGACCUGAAGCCCACCAAUAUCUUGCUUGGAGAUGAAGGACAGCCAGUUUUAAUGGACUUGGGUUCCAUGAAUCAAGCAUGCAUUCAUGUGGAGAGCUCCCGCCAGGCCCUAGCUCUUCAGGAUUGGGCGGCCCAGCGGUGCACCAUCUCCUACCGGGCCCCAGAACUCUUCUCUGUGCAGAGCCACUGUGUCAUCGAUGAGCGGACUGAUGUCUGGUCCCUAGGCUGUGUGCUUUAUGCCAUGAUGUUUGGAGAAGGCCCUUAUGACAUGGUGUUCCAGAAGGGUGACAGUGUGGCCCUUGCUGUGCAAAACCAACUCAGCAUUCCGCAAAGCCCUAGGCAUUCCUCAGCCCUGCGGCAGCUGCUGACCUCCAUGAUGAUUGUAGACUCCCAGGAGCGCCCUCACAUUCCUGUCCUCCUCAGUCAGUUGGAGGCACUUCAGCCCUCAGCUCCUGGCCAGCACACCACCCAAAUCUGAAUAGACCAGUGGCCAUGUUGAGAAGAUAGCCCCCUAUGCCUUGGAAAGAGGCUCUUAUUCCUCAUUAGAAUCCCAUCCAUUCUACCCAGGACUCUUUACAUCUCGGGGGGUAGGGGGUAGGGCGUAGGGAAAUGGGGAAAGUGUUCUCAGUUAUGUCUGCUCUUCUCUCAUCCUCAACCUAAGCAACGGGCCUAAGGGUGGGAUGAGGAAAAGUGAAACUGAAAAAAUAUGGUACACAGCUCUGAGCUGGACUGCUGGGCUCACAUCAUGUUCUGCCUCCCAAUCUGGGUGCACGAAAAUGUAUAAACAGAAUAAAGUGAAAGCAGGUUGGUGUGCAUCUUGGUGUCGACGUAUGGAGGAGGGAAGCAUGGGGCCCAGAGUCAGGUUUCCAUUUCCACAGGAACGGCCCAGGAAAGGGACUGGUAUAAUCAGCAAUGAUGGACUUCAUUAUUCCAUUUAAGGAAGCAGAUGUUCUUACUUGAGAUCUGGCUAGUUGGCAGUGGGCAGUUCUACUUGCCUUAGACAAAAACUUAAAUCUCCUCUGGCUUUUACCUGUGCCAAGAACUAGGACCAGGGCCCCCUUAAAGCACUUAACUAGUUCUCUCCUUCCUUCAUUCCCAGGGAUGGGUAGCUUAGUUGAAGCAGCCCAGCAGGUUUGCCAGGCCAAGGAACUCUGGGUGGAGACACCUGAGGAAGCUUUGGGACUACAUAAUAGGUCUCCCAUCCUCAGCCUGGGGUAAGGGGAGUGGAGCUGGUGGCCAUUUUGACCCUGUCUCCCUGAUAAUUCUGGCUUACACAUGGUUAAUAAUUAAUGAGGUUAAUGCUGUGUGGCUGUAUCCAACAGCCACUUCCUGCCUGCUCUGCUGAGUAAACAGAUGCCUUGCCUUAGCUGGGCUUGAAACCUGUUCUCGAAGGAAGGGCACUGUGUCCCUGAAUCACUAGGGAGGGAAGGCAAGGACAGGGUUGCACCUCCUGCCCCACCUCAACCAUGCCCACCCCUACAUGCUGACGUUAGAGUAGGUCCUGGGGUGCCUAUUAGCAAAGUUGAAUUUUUCCCCAGGGCCUAGACAGGAGGCUCCCACCAGCUAGCAUGGAGGCUAAGGACGAAAUAAAGCACAAACAGAGGGGAGACAACCUGACUUUUAAUGGCAUAGCCCUAGCCCCAGCAAAGCAGCAAGACAGUAAGCUAUGCAAAGCUGCUUGUUCCCGCCCAUCCCCCAAGCUUAUGUGCCAUGGCUCCAUGCCCAGGAACUUGAGGCCAGCCCAGCCCCGUUCCCAAACCCUCAUAAAGCACACAGGAACCUGGGCCAAGCCUUGCUUCCAGAGUUGGUGAAUGCAGAAGCAACAGGAAGAAUAUAGUAGCAGUCCAACUCUCCAACACAGAAACUGCUGGACAUCAAGCCCUACUUGGAAGAUUUGUAUCCUUCAGUAGUUUGUGGCUAGACAGACAUGCUCAGGAUUUGGUCCUCAUUUUCUCCCUAUCCUGGGUGCCAUAAGACCUCACAUUAAGGUCCCUGGAAUCAUCCUUCUUGGGCCUGGUAAGGCC